AUGGCCGACUCGUCCACUGCUCCUGUCGUGCCUGUCAUGACGAACGGCACAACCAAUGGCGCCAAUGGCGACCACAGGCCGCACACGCCUGAGACGAAUGGCGGCUUCUCCUUGACCGAGUACAGCGCCAAUCCCACAACACCUGCAGAGGUCAAGCGCAACCGCAUCAAGAGCAUCGUGCCCGAGGAAUUCCUGCUUCCCAACGGAUACCCAGAUUACCUUCGCCUUAUCGCCAGCGCUACUUCACGCGUCUACGAAGCUUGCAAGCUGACCCCCCUUCAACCAGCCGUCAACCUCAGCAACCGUCUCGAAUGCAAUGUUCUCCUGAAGCGUGAAGAUGAGCAGCCCGUCUUCAGCUUCAAGCUGCGCGGCGCCUACAACAAGAUGGCCCACCUCGACCCCGCCAAGAGCUGGAAAGGUGUCGUUUGCUGCUCUGCCGGCAACCACGCCCAGGGUGUCGCCUACUCGGCCCGCAAGCUCAAGAUCCCUGCGACCAUUGUCAUGCCUGAGGGCACCCCCAGCAUCAAGCAUCUGAACGUGGCACGGCUGGGCGGCCACGUCGUGCUGCACGGUCAGGACUUCGACGCCGCGAAGGAGGAGUGCGCACGUCGCGAGCAGCAGGAUGGCCUCAUCAACAUCCCGCCAUUUGACGAUCCAUAUGUCAUCGCCGGCCAGGGCACCAUCGGCAUGGAACUUUUCGGCCAGACCAACAUGUCCAAGGUCGAGGCCAUCUUCUGCUGCGUUGGCGGUGGUGGUCUUAUUGCCGGCAUUGGCGUCUACAUCAAGCGCAUGGCGCCCCAUGUCAAGAUCAUCGGUGUCGAGACGUACGAUGCCAAUGCCAUGGCGCAGUCACUGGUCAAGGGUGAGAGGGUCGUGCUGAAGGAUGUUGGUCUAUUCGCGGACGGUGCCGCGGUCAAGACGCCUGGCGAGGAGACGUUCCGCAUCGCGAAGGAUGUCGUUGACGACGUCAUUCUCGUCACGACGGAUGAGGUCUGCGCAGCCAUCAAGGACAUGUACGAUGAUACCCGUUCCGGGCUCGAGCCUGCCGGUGCCCUUGCUAUCGCUGGCCUGAAGAACGCGCCACCCUCGGUGAGGGCAAGGAGGCCCUCCUCUCCGUGCGCAUCCCGGAGCGACCCCGGCUCCUUCGCCGAGCUCAUCAACAAGGUUAUGCCCCAUUUUGUUACCGAGUUCUCCUACCGCUACGCCACAAAUGAGGUCGCCAAUGUCCUCAUUGGCCUGUCCCUGACGGCGCCCGCCUCCCAGCGCGUCGAGGAGCUGCGCAUGCUCGUCGAGCGCGUCCAGGCCUCCGGCAUGUCCGUCACCGACCUCUCGGGUGACGAACUCGCCAAGAGCCACAUCCGCUAUCUCGUCGGCGGUCGCUCCAACGUCCCCAACGAGCGCAUCUACAUGUUCAACUUCCCCGAGCGGCCCGGCGCGCUCGAGCGCUUCCUCAAUACGCUGCGCACGAGCUUCAACAUUACGCUGUUCCAGUACCGCAACUAUGGCGGUGACGUUGGCAAGAUUCUCGCCGGUAUCGCUUGUCCAGAUGCCGAGCUGAAGGAGCUCGAGAAGUUCCUCAACCAGAUUGGCUAUCCGUGGGAGGACUGUACUGAGUCGGAGGUUUUCAAGACGUUCUUGCGCAGUUAG